CAGUUUCGUUUCCUGGAAUUGCGGGAGGAAACUCUUUAUAAAAGCCCCGCUCUUAAAAGUCAGUCCACUGUCCUCUCCUGCCACACAUCAUCAUCAUGAUGUCUACAGAUAUUAUGAGGGUUGCUCUGCUGCUGUCACUGUGGUCGUGCCUCGCUGCAGGCUUGGCCAUCACAGGAAACCUGCUGGAAGUUGAAGCAGUUUUCGGUGAGGAUUCAACUCUUGAAUGCACCGCAGAACCCAAACCUGGUGUCCAGUACAUAGCAGUGAGGUGGUACAAGGUCGGAGAGCCUCCGUUGCCUCGUCUCUCGGGCCUUUUGACCAGAGACCUCCCCGACGGCCCUAUGCGCAGGUACACCGGCCUGGAGCGAGAGGUGGAGCUGCUUCGCGACUCCCGCAACGUCCUGCUGCCCAACGUGACGUGUGACGACGGCGGCUUGUACCAGUGUCACCUGGCGGCGCCAGUGGGGGAGCAGAACCGGGAGGGCCUGGUGCUCCUCACUCUGACAGAUUGUCCCACAGACGGUCCCUCCGAAGAUCCGAUGACAGACACUUACGUGCUUAUUGUGGCUGCAAUAGUGCUGAUGCUCGGACUUGGAAUUUUCUUCAUAAGCUACGGCAGUUUGAAGAGCAUCCUCAAAGACAGAAACCAGAUAACAAGAAAAGAAACUUUAUUGGACGCACCGCUCAGACCGCUUGAAAAAAAGGACUUACAGUUGAUCUAUACGUUGGGUCCUAAAGUGUCUAAAACACCCACGAUGAAGCAUGUCUGUGUUUAAAGACAAAGACGGUGUUGGAUACUGAAAGAGAAAGACGACCCGCCGGCCGGGGAGACUCCACAAAACAGCUUCUUUUUAAUGUGAGGAUCCACAUGUCCUCACGUUAAUAUCUCCAUUACUUGUCCUCAAUUGAUCUAUUCGAAUGAAAUAAGAAAAAAUCCAGUGGACAGCAUGAGCAGCAUGACCGUCACCAUCAACUUAAUCUAUAAAAUCAGCUGCAGCCUCGUCACUGGAACACUGAAAAUCCUAAUAAUGAGCGAGUUUAAACACUAACAGACUUGAUGCCCCCCGACUCCAGCUGAGGACCAACUCUAGAAAACUCUUCAGAAGCUAAAAAAAAUGUGGACACAGAGCGGGAUCUCCCACCGAGACGGAAACUGGUGGUCGUCGGGGCUGCUGUGGCUCAGGAGCUAGAACGGGUACCGACAGGAUGGUGGUUCGAUACCCGGCUCCUCCUGUCCACGUGUGGAAGUGUCCCUGAGCAAGACACUGAACCCCAAAUUGCUCCCAAUGGUCAGGCGACCAUGGUAGUUCACUGAUAUCAUGUGAUACAUGUGAAAUUGUA